AUGGCUUCAAAUACAUACGACAUUGUUUUCUGCAACGCUGCUCUUCACUGGAUGCCUGAAAAACAGCAAGUCUUUAAAGACAUGUUUUCAAGUCUUAAAGUUGGUGGGAAAAUAGCGAUACACUACAAUGACCAUAUACCUCCGUUUUUACUGAAUGCAUACAAAGAACUCAAUCCUGAAAACGUAGAGUGUAUCCUCCAGAUGUUUCAUUUCGAACCGAAAUCCAGGAUCGAGCAGUAUUGUUUAUUCGCGGGCUUCAAAAUUAUCAAGAGUUACGAAAGUUGCGAUGUAGAACUUGUCUUUGAGACUAUCGAAAGCCUUCUUAAUUGGCACUGGUCGACAACGCACGGGGUGUUUGAUCCAUCGCUUGUAACGGAGGAACGUUUGCAAAGGUAUUUAGCAAUGUUUGGUAACAACAGCUGCCAACAGCCAAAAUUUCAGUUUGGCAAAUAUCCAGUGUGCAAACUGAUAGCUGUAAAGCCGAGUUAA